GGUCGGAGCAAGGCGAGGACCGGGAUUAUGCGUCUGCCACAUCACGACGUCGAAACUCCCGUUUUCAUGCCAGUCGGCACGAAGUUGCUGCAGAUCAACUGGAUGCGGAUGGUGGUCAAAAAACCUUCUCUGCAAUGCAUCCCAUGUGCGCUCAAUGGGAUUGAAGCCUGGAGACAAUGGGAAAAGGGGCAGUUGGGAAAUUACCAAGUUUUCUAAACAUUGAUGAACAACUCCGCCUAUAUGAAGUCUGGCAUUGUCAUCCAUAAAUCGGAAAUCCCUUCCAAUGAGAUCCCUGGUUUGAGCGAGGUAUUCCACGAUAAUUUCUUUGACAUAACGGAUUAUGGUGAGGUUGCUUUCAGCAAUAUGAAUUCCAGAUCAGCAUACUGUAAAUCCCAGCACCAUUACCCUACUUCCUCCAAACUGCACUGAAAUGAGCACAAACAUGGGGCAUUGUAUGCAUCAUCUGUUCUCGGUGACUCUUCACCAUCUGCUAUCACUAUACAGACAUAAAUGCGACUCAUCAGUAAACAUGGUUCCAAUUGUGUGUUCUCUUCUAGGCGCUCGCUCCACCAAAUUCUCCAGAGUUGCUGGUGGCAGCCUUUGCCGCAGGUCAUCUCCAAGGGGCAUACAAUGUGAGGCCAACUUCCCACAAACGAUUGUUUGUGUUGAUAAAGUCCUCGCCAAAAUAUCUUUUACUUCAUUUAGGUUCUGGUGUGCACUAUGGAAAGGGUUCCGUCUUGCAGCAAUGAAAUAUUUCUUUCCCCCCUUAGUGUCAUAAAGCGCUGAGAUCCACUACCAGGCCUCCUAUUGGCACUUACAGUCUCAAGGAUUAUUUGGCUAAAGCCCGGGAGACCAUGCUCUGAGAAAUGCCAACUGCCUCUGUGAUAUCCACUUGCCAGAGACUCAAUGACUCAUUCUCACAAUAAUAUUGCAAACUUCUGGUUCAAGAUGAUGUCUUUCCAUGGUUAAAGAGAAUAAAACUGGAUUAAAAUGGAGAAAAGGGCACAUUGAAAGGGCUCCUACCAGAUCAGUUAGAAAAUAUGGACUGUCAGAUUAUGUUAGGAAACACUUAUCAUUUAGGAACAAAACCAGGGCCAGAAAUUAUAAAGAAAGCAGGAGGUCUACAUAAAUUUAUCGGUUGGGGUAGGGCUUUGCUCACAGAUUCAGGAGGUUUUCAAAUGGUGUCUCUCUUGGAUUUGGCCGAAAUUAAUGAAGAAGGUGUUAAUUUCAAAUCACCGUAUGAUGGCUCUUCUUGCCUUCUGACGCCUGAACAUUCCAUACAAAUACAAAAUGCAAUCGGAGCUGAUAUUAUGAUGCAAUUAGAUGAUGUUGUGAGCGUACUAGUAACAGGUCCCAGAGUAGAAGAAGCAAUGAAUAGGACGACACGAUGGUUGGACAGAUGUCUUAAAUCUCACCAAAGACCUCAAGACCAGAAUAUAUUUCCAAUUGUUCAAGGCGGUCUUGAUUUGGAUUUGAGGUAUGAGAGUAUAAAACAGUUAACACAAAGAGAUGUAAACGGAUUUGCUGUCGGUGGUAUAAGCGGGGGAGAAGAAAAAGACGACUUUUGGAAGGUUGUCCAUUUCUGUUCGAAACAUCUCCCACAAGAAAAGCCGAGAUAUUGUAUGGGCGUUGGAUUUGCAGUUGAUUUAGUAGUUUGUGUUGCACUAGGAAUGGACAUGUUUGACUGUGUUUAUCCAACAAGAACAGCUCGGUUUGGUUGUGGACUCGUUGAAACAGGACAAAUAAAUCUAAAGAAUAGAAAAUAUUCCAAAGAUUUUCGUCCGAUCCAAGAAGACUGUGAAUGCACAACAUGUAAAACUUACUCUAGAGCAUACAUUCACUCAAUUGUUAAUGUCGAAACAGUUUCGUGUCACCUUCUAUCCGUACACAAUGUUUAUUAUCAGAUCAAAUUGAUGAAAACAAUUAGAGAAAAGCUUAAAGAAGGCAAAUUUCCUGAAUUUGUACAAGAGUUCAUGUCACGAAUGUUUCAGGAUAGGGAAGUACCAAAAUGGGUGAUUGAUGCUUUGGAAAGUGUUAAUAUCAUUUUAAAAACAGAAUAAAAUUUACGUAUUCUCAAUAUUACGCCAUUGUAAAGUGUAAAAACCCUUAAAAAGAUUACAUCAUCAAUGGUUAUUUUUAUCUUUCCAAAACCCCACACAGUGCACUUCUUUCAGUAAACUGCUUACACUACAUAUGCUUGCCUUGAACCUUGCUCUUUUUGCAAAUACAGUGAUUGCUGCUUAGUCCAUUGCAGUCGGGCAACGAUAAAAUUCAACAUAAGCAAAACUUGAGAAAUUGAAGCAGGUCAUCACAACACGGAAAACUGCUCGCUCUUCUACAGCCGGGAAAAUAAAGUGUGUAGUAGAGUUUUGAAACUUCGGAACCGGAAA